CACAUCCUUGUUUGUAAGACAUACUUAUACCUCUUAUGUUUGAAGUAAACAUCUUUAUUAAUGUUCAAGGAACACUGUAAGAAACGUGAGAAAGUCACGUGGUAAUGUUGCUUAUGAAUUGGACAAAAAGUUGUUGUUUUACUGGUCAUCUCUUCAACUAGUUUAGGAGAACAUUUGUCAAUUCUUAUAGAACACAAUAAAGAUGCAUUUUCGGGAUACGAUUGAAAGUUCAUUCGGAACGUUUGCUUAUUACAUUGCUUGCCACGCCUGGAAAGUUUGUGUCGCGAUUUUUCUUUGCAAUGCAUUACUUGGACUUGGAUUGUUAAAUUCUCUUACUUGUAACAAUGAGAAUAUUUAUCUACCAAGCAAUACGCAAACUCAAGACAGAAUGGAGAUUUUGUUGAAUGUAUUCGGCGACCAAAUUGACGACGAUUUCUAUUCACAUCGGAGCAUUCGACCGCACAUUUAUGCAGAUUUGAUAAUAGUGAGAAAAGAUAUAAGAACAUUAAUAAACAGUUCUCUUUAUGAUGAAAUAAAUUUCAUUCUAGAUCAUGUCAAACGUAUUUCAGUAAAUGCCUCGUCUGCAAACAAUAACCGUGUUACUUAUCAGGACGUUUGCGCGCGUAUGAAUGGCAAGUGCGUUAUUGAUGGAGAAGGCAUUUUAGAAAGGAACAAAUCUGCUGAUGCAAGGUAUUUGCAAAUGCCCAUGGACAAGAAAUUCAACUUGAUUACGGAAACUUUCGCUGUGGACAAGAAAUUUAAUUUGGUUACGGAGACUUUUGCUAAAGAUACAAACGAAAAUAAAACAUUCAUUGCAGCAAGAGAUCUCAGAUUUAGGUUCUAUCUAAGGCGAGAUGUUAAGUCUAAACUAUGGAUGGAUCGCUUCAUAACAGAAAUGCAAAGUUUUACUAAAACUCUUACACAUAACGAUUUUAGAGUCGUUUUUUCUCACACCAAAUCUUUUUUCGAGGAACUUAGCAAAGAUUCUAAGAAAGAUAUUCGCUACUUCUCGCUAUCAUUUACGGUGUAUUUUAUUUACAUUGGUUUCGUUUUGUCGGGCGGAAACAGCCUUACAAAUAGAGCCAAUAUCGGCAGAAUGGGGAUCAUAGUGACACCAGUCAGUAUUUUGGGUGCCUGGGGCGUACUUGCAGCCAGCAAUGUGAUGUAUACUGACAUCGUUGGAAUAAUUCCGUUCUUCGUUGUAUGUCAUCAGAUUAUUAACGUGAUGCUAACGUUAUCACAUUUGUCAGACACAUACGGUAUAGCUGACGGUAAAGACCGUGUCAAGUACGCCAUCCAGAAGUCAAUUAUACCAGUCACGACGUCAGUGAUAUGCCAUAUACUUCCUUUCGCUGUAGGAUUAAUGUCAAGUUUCUAUGUCAUUAAACAAGUCAGCAUGUAUAUAGUUACAACAUUACUGUUUAACUAUCUGAACCACAUUGUGUUCUACACGGCAUGCCUCGCCAUCCACGAGCGACGAAUAGACGCAGGAAGGCAUUACUGUAUAUGCACCAAAUUAAAAUCACGUGAUCUGACAGGAAACUGCUGCUUUCUUUGUUGUUGCACCGGUAGCAAGCCCAUACGAAGAUCUGAUACUGAAAGUAAACUGCAGACUAACUCCGGGAAAGGGUUGUUCCAUUUGAUGUCGACUGCUUCUAUGCAAUUUAUUGCAGUUGUUUCCUGUAUAGCCGUCAUCGCUUUUGCUAUUUUGGGUUUGAUGAAUAAUUUUUAUUGUGAUGUUAUACAAGCAAAUGAAGUACUUCCAGGGUCCUAUUUUUAUGACUGGAAUGAAAUGACAGAAGGUAGUUUCGAAAAAGAAUCAACAGUACAAAUUGCUAUUGCUCACCCUUUUGGUUACACAAACGACAGGGCGUUAGUGUCAGAUCUGGUUAAUACCAUAACAUCAACGUCUAGUUUAAAGACAAAAUCUCUGUUAUGUUGGCAGGCUUUUGUAAAUAAAAAUGAUACAGAACCGUUUAACUCAGAGGCAGUUUUAGUAAGAUCAGUUAGAAGCCAAUUGAUUCAAAAAUAUCCGUUCACUGCUGAUGACAUAGUAUUCGACGACCUGAAAAACAAAAUUGUUGCAUCGAGGAUUUAUAUUAAAGUAGGAAAUAUUUCUUCGACUAGUUCAAUAGCAAAAGUGCAAACAGAGCUAAAUGAAAUAUCAUUCCAAUUUAAUCGCAUAUUACAAGACAAACAUAAAAACCUUGGCCUAAAAUCAGUAUUUCCAAAGGACAAAUUUGUCAUUGUUUACUCACCUGAUUUUCUGUUUACUGAUGGUUACAUGCGACCUCUCUUGGAAAUGAUAGUAUUUCUCGCAGUGCAAUGUAGUUUGCUGUUUCUCCUUUCUAUAUUAUUCAGUAGAAGUAUUUGUCAGGCAUUAGCCACACCUUUCUGUUAUGUUUCAAUGGUUACAUGUAUCGCUGGUUUAUCAUCCUAUUUUAGCAUCUACUUGUGUCAGGUAUCGAUGUUGUUUUACACAAUCAGUGGAUGCUACUGUGUUGAAGUACUGGUACAGUCCGGUAUUUCAGUCCCUAACGGAUCAAGUCAGAACAUGCAGGAUAGUUUCAAUAGAAUACUAAACACUGUCGUGCAAUCUUUACUUCAUGCCAUGGUAGGGCAGUUCAUUGCUAUAUUUCUUUUGUUAUUGGCUGAGUCCUUCUUUUUCGUCACUGUUUUCCGGCUGACAAUAACUACCACAGGAGUUUGUAUUAUCACCUCCAUCUUAUGGUUACCAAAGUUAAUGUCACACUCUGCAAAAUGCAAUAGCACUGUUGAUACUAACUCCACGGAAGCGAAAACAGAUAAUAGCACUGUUGCCGUAAAAUCGGGGGACGACGAUAACAUUGAUACACAUUUUGCAACUAAAUCUAUGAAAGACGAACCUGGAAAUAGCACUGUUGCAACAAUGUCGGCAGAAGCUGAAAAAGUUAUUUGUGCUGUUGGCUUGAAAUUGAUUGAACCGGAAAGUGGCAAAAACAAUGUUACUACUAAAUUGACGGAAGCUGCCGAGUGUAGAAUCACUGUUCCCAACAAAUUAUCGGAAGUUGAAAUUGGCGAUUGGACUAACUCGACGGCAGCUGUAACAGGUAAUGGAAAUGAUUCCACACACUCGAUGGAAGCUGGAACAGGUACUGGAAAUGAUUCCACACACUCGAUGGAAGCGGUAACUGCUUAUAAAACUGGUGCUACAAAAUUAACAGAGGCUGAAACUGGUCAAAGCACAAAUAUCACAAAACCGACGACAUCUGAAACUGGCAAUAGCAGUGUUGCCACACAGUCGACGAAAGGCGAUAAUGGUAAAAGAAGUGUUGCUGAAGGACCUACUAUAUCUGGAUCUGAAGAUGGUAAUAACAUUGUUGGCACUGAUGCAACACAACCGACGGAAAGUUUUACUGGUAAUAAUACAGUUUCCACAUUCCCGACGGAAGCAAGGACUGGGUAUAGCACUGUAGAUGACAAAUUGUCGGAAACUUGAACAUGUAAUAGUUCCCUCACAAAAAACACAACGGAAACUAACGAACUUUAAUGAUGAAAACUGAUAACUUCCAAAAUGUUAUCAAAUUGUAUGGUUCUGAACGAUUGUAAUGUAUGUGAAAGAAAGGCUAUCGUAGUUUCGUGGAUUGUUUCACAGUAAAUAAAUGAUGUUUUAAACAUAAUGGUGUUAUAAACAUAACCGUUUUAGUUAUAUGUAAUAUUGCUUCGUUUAACAAUUAUGAUUUAUGAUAAGUAGAGGAUUGUUGACGAUAAACGGUUUUAAUUUCCCAAUUACUGUUUUUCCUUGAACCAAACGUUUCAAUGUGGACACAAUCUUCCAGUUGAACUACCCAGUAAUAAGUAGUGCCAUGCACAACUGGCGAUGACAACACAUUAAAGUAACCAUAGUUACAUUUUUGUCAUUUGAACUCGAAUCCCUUUUCAUCUUGUUCGCAAUUUGUAUUUAUGCGACAUGCGCAGUUUGUUUUCCGUUUUUAAACUGUUUCAGUUGCAAUGUAAUGUGUAAGUAUGUCUUGUGCAGUUGAGUACAUUUGCCCAUGACAUAGUACGAUUUAGCAACUUUUGGGGAAGAUACAGUAGGCACAAGAAAGAUAAUAUCAAUUUUACACAGUAACGCAUAUUGAGCCCAUCAUUGUUUACACAUCAAAUGUUUUCUUCACAAUGUUAUUCAUCAAUCAUAUUUACAAUACCAUGGCGUUUUUGGAACACUGACAUGCACGUAUUGCAAGGACAAAGUAAAUUCACCUAGAAAUUUUCUUGAUCAAUGGGUUAUUGGAUUUCUUGUGGAAUGUGCACGUUCGUUUGUGCUGCUAGGCGCUUUGCUGUAAUUAGUCUGGUAUAUUAUGGUGGUGAUUACUGUAUAUAGAUUCUCUCUACUUAUUUGAUCAUAAUGAUAUAAUAUAGUACCUGUCAUAUAGGAAAUAAUUCAUUGAUUUUGUCCAUACCUGUCAUAUUUGAUUCAGUUCUGUUACGAUAUGGCGGCAAUUAUAGAGAUCUGCAUUGAAAAUUAUCCUCUCCUACACUAAAACGCCUCAUCUUUUUAUGGCAAUAAUUUUAUUUUUAACUUCUUUCAAACUUAUAUGGAAACAUUUUAUAUCAUUUGAUUAUUACUGAUUAAAUCUGAUCUAAUA